UAAAGACCCGCAAGAUAUUCUUCCCAGGGCUGAGCAUUGAAAUGGUACCAUGGACAGCGGCAGAGUCGCCAGCAGCGCUUAUCUACAGGAAUCUCUGAUCGUUGUGCCCCUGGGAACUAAUGAGGAUACCGUGUAAAGCCUCGACUUUGUGAAGUAAAACAGGUUUGUACUCAUUGAGGAACUAAAAAUGCCAGUUCUAAAGAAAUCCACCUUGGGAAGCACAGAGGGCAAAAGCUGUGAAGAUGCAAAGAUGCUGCCAAAGUUACCUGUGCCUCCUCUUAAGCAAACUAUGGACACAUAUCUUAAGUGCAUGAAACACUUGGUAACAGAGGAACAGUACCAGAAAAGCAAGGCCGUAGUAGAUGCAUUUAUGAUGCCGGGGGGCGAGGGAGAAACGCUGCAGGAAAAACUACUAGAAAGGAGGGAAAAAAUGGAAAACUGGAUACACCUUUACUGGCUGGAUGAUAUGUAUUUGAACAAUCGUUUGCCUCUUCCAGUAAAUUCCAGUCCCGCCGUUAUAUUUGCCAGGCAUAACUUUAGGGAUACCAAUGACCAGUUGAGGUUUGCUGCCAACCUUAUCUCUGGAGUGCUGGAUUACAAAACCAUGUUGGAUUCGCAGGCUCUGCCUGUAGAUUUUGCUCGGGGUCAGCUUUCAGGACAACCUAUGUGUAUGAAACAGUACUAUGGUCUCUUUUCUUCAUACCGCCUUCCAGGAACCAUCAAAGACACUUUGGUGGCACAGGAAAGCACCAUUAUGCCAGAGCCUGAACACAUUAUUGUUGCAUGUAACAAUCAGUUCUUUGUACUAGAUGUUGUCAUUAAUUUCCGUCGUCUUAGUGAGGGGGAUCUGUUUACCCAGCUGUGUAAAAUUGACAGAAUGGCAAAGAAUGAAGAAGAGAUGCUUCCUCCAAUAGGCUUAUUAACAUCAGAUGGGCGAGCUGAGUGGGCCCAUGCACGAGAAACCCUCAUGAAAGAUUCAACAAACCGAGAUUCUUUGGAUAUGAUUGAACGGUGCAUGUGCAUAGUGUGUUUGGAUGCUCCAACAAAGAUGGAGUUAAAUGACACCAACAGGGCUUUGCAGUUACUUCAUGGAGGAGGAAUUGGUAGGAAUGGAGGCAACCGGUGGUAUGAUAAACCCAUGCAGUUUGUCGUGGGAAGCGAUGGAGUCUGCGGUACAAUUUGUGAGCAUUCUCCAUUUGAUGGAAUCGUCCUUGUACAAUGUACAGAACACCUCCUUAAAUAUAUGAAAAAUAGUCCCAAAAAAUUAGUGAGAGCAGAUUCAGUCAGUGAGUUACCAGCUCCAAGAAGACUUCGGUGGAAAUGUUCUCCAGAAAUUCAGGGGCACUUAGCGUCCUCAGCAAACAAACUGCAAAGAAUUGUGAACAAUCUUGAUUUCAUUGUUUAUAAGUUUAAGAACUACGGGAAAGAGUUUAUCAAGAAACAAAGAAUGAGUCCUGAUGCUUUCAUUCAAGUAGCACUUCAACUUGCUUUUUACCGCUGUCACAGAAAACUUGUGCCAACCUAUGAGAGCGCUUCUAUUCGGCGAUUUCAAAUGGGACGUGUUGAUAACAUAAGGUCAUCAACUGCAGAAGCACUAGCAUUUGUAAAUGCAAUGGUUGAUGGGGAAACAACAGUAACGAAUAUAGAGAAGAUGGAGUACCUUAGGGCUGCAAUAAAGUCUCAGACAGAAUAUACAAUUCAAGCUAUUACUGGGAUGGCAAUAGACAACCACUUACUCGCACUAAGGGAGUUAGCACAAGAGCAUUUCAAGGAACUUCCUGAGCUCUUUCGAGAUGAGAUGUACUUAACUAGCAAUCGAUUCAUCCUCUCUACCAGUCAGGUUCCAACAACAAUGGAAAUGUUCUGCUGCUAUGGCCCUGUUGUCCCAAAUGGGUAUGGGUGUUGUUAUAAUCCACAGCCAGAACACAUCCUCUUCUGCGUCUCAAGCUUUCAUGACUGCAAAGACACAUCCUCAAGUAAAUUUGCCAAAGCUGUAGAAGAAAGUCUCCUUGCCAUGGGGGACUUAUGCUUAAAAUGUAAUUGCGAGGUCCAAACACCAGUCAAGGAAAAAAAGGCACAAAACAGGCACAAGCCAUAAAUGCUUUAUUUUGCUAUGCAAAAAUAUAGGAUAGUCAAAGUAUUUUCUUUAAUUAUAUUUUUGUGACUGUUAUCUUUGCUUAUUUUUGGAAUAAUGUGCAGAUGACGGAUUUUAGGAAAACUCGAGGAACGAGCCAGUUAGUAAAUAAAUCAACAUCAGGCCCACUUGUUUAUUUUAUAUAACACAUAUUUCAUUUUUUUGUACAUUUAAAAAAACAGAAAAAAUCAUACUGCAUUUAUUUGAGUUUCACCGUAAUUAGUGGCAUUAAACUUUGCUGCAGUGCCUGAAACUCCAACGCCCUCUAUUGAAAUUUUUUGAAGAUUAAUUAGACUAAUAAAAUUAAAGCAAUAUCAUAACAGAUGCGUGUGAUCUCAGCAUGGGGUUGAUUUUAGAAAUUACAAUAAUUUAACUAAUCAUGAAAAUAUGAAAAUAUGCCCUCUUAGAAAAAUGACAAAUAAAUACCCUAAAUGCAUUUACAUAUAUUAUUUGCUCCACCUGCACUUUUCAAAAAUUGGCAUUAUAGCUUUUUCUGCUGGGCAUUUUGGGAGUAGUUUAUAAAAAUUAGGGAUGCACCGAAUGCAGGAUCCGGUUUGGGCAAAAUUCUGCCUUUUUCCGCAGGAUUCAGAUUCG